AUGUUCUCUUUUAGAACGGGUACGCGCGGCAGCCUGGCGAGCGCAGGCAAGCCGACGUCGUCGACGCUGGCGUCCCUGGCCGGCCUACUGCGGGACCAUUCACACGACCGACCCAUAGACCGCACCCACGAUGACUCCGCCGCGAGUGGCGUGGCGGUGGGCGCGGGCGGGGCCGCGGGGCACGACGCAGCGAGCCGACACGGCCGGGACGCGCCGCGCCGGGACCGCGCCCGCGCCAGGCAUGGGAAGGACCCCGCCCGGCAGGGCGCGCGUCGCGCGGCGCCGGCGUCGUUCCGUCUGCUGGGCGCGGCAGACUGCGCGCGCCUCGACCCCGCCUGCUCCUCGCAGCCCAACGACGACACGCAGAGCGCGGCCGGUAGCAACUGGGAGUGCGCGUGGCGAGACCAACCCAGGCGGGCGGCUAGUGCUAAGGUAUCCAGCAGCCGAGGAGGUCAAAGCGCGGAAUCGUCUCUAGAGGACCUGACUCUCACCCCGACAGGACUGGACCUGUCUCUACCGGACUGCAAGAUCAUCGCCAACAGAAACGCCAGGCAAGACAGAGACUUUAAAAGGUACUAUGUAAACGAAAUGACUCCGAAAGACUUGUCGAAACUCAGCAAGGAGAUCCGGCAUGAGAGAGAGAGCUACAGAGAGCUCACAGGCCGCUACAUAGAGAAGCCUGAAGCUAUACCUCUUAAGGAAACGCACUACUCAGACUUAUCAAACAAAGAAUCGAUACUCAAGAAAGAAGCUAAAAAGGACUCUAAAACCAAAGAAAUAAAGACUAAAAUUAAACGGUCGGACUCUGGUAGAAGUGAACUAAAAGUGAAUGUUAGUGUAGGUAGUAAGGUGUUGAUCAUUGAGCCGUUGGGAGUGUAUGACUGUAUCAACCUGGGGAGGAGGAUCGACGUUCAGUGGCCCUCCGAGGCCGAGAGGGAGAGGGGAGGCCGCAACUACUGGGGGAGCUGGGUGCCUCUUGCGGGGAUGGACGGACUGGUGGUACACAAAUGGACCCCGAACCACAGAGACCCAAAACUCCGUUCCCACGUGGACAAGAGCAUACUCCUAAUACAAAUCGACGACAAAUUCGUCCCCAUUGCCGAAAACUGCGUCCAAGACCUCGGCGACGAAGUAUGAACCUCACACCAAAAGCACAAGGUCGAAAUCAGCUUGGACAACAUGUAUGAACUCUUUUAAAUCUAUUUUAUAACGAAUCUAUGAAUUGUCAGUAAAGUCUGAACCUUAUUUGUAUGACAGUAAGGUCGAUACUACCUUCUUUAUAGGAAUCUUUGACGAUAGAUACUCUGUUUAGAUAAUAUGCAUGCAAUCCCGACAGUCGGGACGCUUGCACGAUCUCGGUGUUGAAUUAUGAACCUUAUGUGUACAGUAGUAAGGUGGGUUAUGCUUAUUUUUUAAUUAACGCAACUGAAACAGUUCCUUUAGUCCAACUUG